AUGUAUGACGUCACAUGCGGCAAUGCAGAUGCGCGGGUUUUUGAAAACAUGACCUCGUUUCAAUUGAUUUUCUCUACAAUGAGCUUAAAAAUGCAAACCGGCCGGCUCCGGGCUCGCUGCCGUUCAUAUCUUAUUCACAAACCCGCAUAAUCACGCCGCCUCUUCCGUUAAACUAGUAUCGGUGCGCUUCGAACCGUCUUCCGAAAAGCUGCCUCGUACGCGCUGAAAAACCCGUGUUUUUAUUGAUGAUGAAGAGUAUAACAGUGUCUACGGAGUGUGUUUACAGUCAGGAGAGGCGAUAUACUACAGCAGACAAUCCGUAUAAUAUAGAUUUAUGGAAAGAAGUGCGAAAACGUUGGCUGGUGUUCGGAGUGCUGGGGGCCAUCGCGCUCGCGGUGAUCUCGCCGCGUCUCGGCGCGCCCGGAGGCAAACAUGCAUGCUCACUUGUAGAUCAUCCUAGAACGCAUUGCACCCAUCCGGCCAUGUUAUUGAAUCAGAAUUUUUUGGACCGUUGCACGCGGAGUACCUCUGCUGGGUGCCAUCUUCUGUAAUUUUCUUCAGUGCGGGUGCGCGGCUGCGGCGUCCCAGGGCUCCGGCUAAGGCCCUGAGGCUGGCGGCGGCGGCAGCUUUACACGCUCACGUCGCGGCCCCGGCGUUGGCUGUCUGUGCCGUCACUGUGUUCAGUGCAGCGCUACACGGACCCGUUAUCAAUGGCGCCCUCCUCUCGUCCGUGGGGUCGGGCUGCGCGUGGUUGUCGCUGGCCCUGGCGCCGCGCGCCGCGCUGCCCGCCGCCGCCAGCUACACCGCCUCGCUGCUGGCUACACCGCUCAGCGCCUUGUUGCUGUGCGGCCGCACUAGCAUCCCCCCUCUAAGCGAAGUCCUCUCCACGACUAUGCGCACUCUUAUCCCGUUCACCGUUGGCUGCGCUACGACCCCGAUGCGACAAGAGUUCGCAGUCCGGUUGGCUGCUCUGGCCUUAGUGUACGCGGAGUGCUGCGAGAGGCUGAACGCUGCUGAGGGCGGACUGUUAGCUGGCGACGUACUGGCGACGCUCUUAGUAGAGGUGUGCUGGCUGGCGCUGAGCGCCGGCGCGUGCGCCGCGUACGCGCGCUGGUGGGGCGCGGCCGGCGCCAGGCUCAUAGCACUAGUCGCCGUGCCUAAAGCACUAGAUCAAGGAUGGGGCGCGGCGGCGGCGUGCCGGCUCCCCGCGCUGGCGCGGCUCCCCGCCGUGUUCGCGGCGCCCGCGCAGGCGCUCCUGCUCGCCGCGCUACACACGCACGAUGACAGCGACUGUGACGAACAAGACGAACUGCCGUUUUGAUCACCCCAACUUUACAAGCCUCAAUUAAUUUAUGUUUAACCCUUUCUUACAAAUACAAAAGUCAAAAUGAAGAUUAACACGUUCGCUGUCCCCAUACAAAAUGAUAGGACAAAGUCACACGUCCAAGUGUGCUUCCACUUUGAAGUUGGGAACCCAUAGUGGGAACACGGACUCUUGAAAUAAAAUAUGGUUUGCUGUAAAGUCGGUUUACGGACGAUAAUUUAGCGUGAUAACGUCAUAAGGAAACAUUACCAUUAGAUUACGUAACGUUCCCAUGGAGAUCCGUCCACAACGUUACCAUGGAGAUCUGUCCACAACGUGACACUUUUUCGUGCAUGCUACCGGUGUUCAUCGAUUUAUAAGACAUUAAGUAUAACGUCAAAUAUGCUUCAUGACCCCACAUUGGGGGCGCCCGGACAGGGAACGUGUUAAACAACGGAAACCAGAGUCUAGUUAAUGGAGAAGACUGACAACCCUCAUACAACGUUGUUGAUACAUUAUAUACAGGCUGGGGCGAAAGUGACAGAUGUAUUCACAACGCGUUUUUAGCGUGACCAACUGUAGGUUGUGAAGUUAUACUGUAAAGGUCUCUACCCACUACACCGUAUCAUACCAUGACCGUGCUAUGAACGUGUCAGGCAAAAAAAAUAUCUUUGUAUUAAAAUGUAUGAGACUGUGCCCACUAGCCCGUUCCGUCACCGACCAUACCCGUGGCGUGCCAUGCACGGACCGUCAAAAAUUGUCGGUGAGGAUAUUUUGCCGGUGCCCAAACGCCCCGUGCACGGCACGCAACGUUGCCAGAACGGUGAGUGCAGGCGGCGAAACGGUGGGCACACGGAUUAUAACCGCGUAUGGUGACCGUUCUAAGCCCGUUAUAAACGCGUUGCUAUAUUUCUUGCUCGCUCUUACCAGUCUGAUAACUAUUCGCUCGCUCUUUCUGACGAGUCCUGCUCUCGCGGAUAAAACGCGGGUACUAAGGGUAUGAAACGCGAAUGCUACGGGGAUUAUAGGCGGAUGCUAUGGGGAUGAUACGUGGUUACUACGGGCACUAAACCCGUUAUGUACGGAUAUGAAACAAUGUGGACACGGUGUAGUGGGCAUAGUAGUCCGUAUCGCGUUACAUUCCGUGCCCGAUACGUUCAUAGCACGGUCAUGGUAUGAUACGGUGUAGUGGGCAGAGACCUUAAACCUUCAAUUUUAAUUACUUAUUACUAAACUUGACUUGGCAAACGACAGAGUGUAACCGUGCAAACAUAAAACCGUCAAAUUUUUAUAAAAAUAAGACGCAUUUAGUGCCACUUAUAGACCGACAUGAAAUUGUAGAAAUUUAAAAGUGGCAACAUCGUAGUGUCGUCCUGUUUUCUUAGAUGAUUUGAACGGGACGACACUUUUUAAUUUCUACAAUUUCUUGUUGGUCUAUAAGUGUCUUGUCGUCUUUCUAGCAUAUUAGGACCAAGUUAUAGCAAUUUUGGGGCCUUAGCCAUAGCCUUUAGUAGAUUAGAAUUUUGAGCUCAGUACCUAGAACGAUUUUAAAAUUAAAAUCAUUCGUAAUUA